AUGAGCGCGCUGGGCACGAUGUGGCGGGGAGUUCCGGUCACCAUCGUCACCGGGGCACUAGCAGCCGGCAAGACGACCAUGGUGGCCAGCCUGCUGCGGUGCAAGCCUGCCAACGAGGUGUGGGCGUGUCUGCUGAACGAGUUUGGGGCGGCUGGGCUGGACGCGGCACUGCUGGAAGGCGAGGCGGCUGCGGUCAGCGGUGGCGGCAGUAUUAUCAUCCAUCAGCUGGCAGGAGGCUGUCUGUGCUGCGUGCUGUCCAACGUGACGCCCCUGGCCAUCGCCCAACUGUUGCGCCGCGUCAAGCCCGACAGGUUGAUCAUCGAGCCCAGCGGUCUGGCCCACCCGGCCACCCUGCUGGACAUGCUGCAGGGCGAGCACCUGGGCAGCUCGCUGGCGGUGCAGCCAGUGGUGGAUGCCACUCAGUUUGUGGGCGGCACCGGCCAGCCGGCCUGCCUCUCCAGCCAGCUGCUGGCUAACCAGAUCAGCGUGGCAGACGUGCUGGUGGGCUCUAAAGCUGAUAUGUGCAACAGUGACACGCUGCGCGCUUUCCAGCGGUGGGCUGAGCAGCUCUUCCCUCCCAAGCAGCUCGUGACGACAGCGAGGCACGGCUGCUUGGCUGAUGCCGUCACUGCCGCCAUGUUUCCUGGCCUUACGGCGAGCAGCGGGGAUGGGGCCCAGCAGCCAGCAGCAGCAGCAGAAAGGCAGCAGCAGCAGCAGCAGCAGCUGCUGGUGCCCAGCUGCCUGCGGGUGAAGGGCGUCUUCCGUAUGGCGGCGGCACGAUGGGAGGCGGUGUCGGCUGCGCCCGGGCCUUUUGCAGCAGCAGCAGCAGCUCCGGAGACAGAAGCAGUAACUGCGCCGGUGGCUGUGGAGCUCCGAGAGAUGGCGUAUCGCGCCGAUAGCCGGGUGGAAAUCAUUCUGGGCAUAUCAGCGGCGACGUCCCCAGCGGCAUGCCCCUCUGGCGGCAGCAACAAUGACAGACGCGAGCAGCAGGCGUCGAGCUCCAGCCUGGCAGACGACGCCAGCAGCGUAGAGCUGCGGGUAGCCAAGGCACUGGGCGCAGCAGCGGCAGGGGACUGGGCGCUGCUGCAGGCGCUGUUGCUGGCGACCCUGCAGGAGGCCCAGGGUGCAUGA